GAGAGAGAGUAGCAUUAAUGCUUCGGGCUUUCCGUCGCUUUGGAGAUUGUAGUGUGUGAUUGAGUGAAUGUUUUAGGGUAGGUUUGACAAAUCAAAAAGAUGGUUAUCGUUGUCACUCGUCACUGCAUUAUCCAGUUUUUUCUUGGCCUUUGUUUUUCUUAAAAAAAAUUUGAAAAAAUCUUGCUUGCAGAGUAGAAGGAAAGAGCGGAAGUAGGGGAUAAUGGGGGAGAUUUGAUGCCAUUAAUGGGUUAGAUAGGUUUUAAUUGUACUAAAGGAAAAGUCUUUAACGAGUGAGAUCUACUCUCUUUAAAUUUUUCCAAGUGUGUUUCACGGGUUGCACAGAGACUCACAGAGAGGGAGAGGGAGAGGGAGAAGGAGCUUUUUCCUUUUUCCUGUUGUUCAUCUUCUUUCUUUCUGCUUUGAGUUUUUUUUUCUCUUUCUUUCUGCUUUAUUUUAGGAAGAACCUGAUUCUCUUAACACGAGGAAGCGAAUUACUUUUCUACCUUUCUUUCUUCUUCUUCUUCUUCUUCUUCUUUUAUCGAUCUCUGUUUGCCUUCGGUCUCUGCUAUCUCUCUCUUAGCUUCUCCGAGAGAAAUAGAGAUCUUCCUCGGCUUGUACUCUCUGCUCUUCAAGAUAAAAGAGAGAGGCGGAGAGAUAUCUGGCGAAACAAAAAAAAGCCCAAACGCCAUUUUUUCGCAUUUCGCUUAACAACUAACACAACAAAAACUUCCAUUCUUCUGUCCCUCUCUCUCUCUUCUUCAUUACUCCUGCUGGUUUCAUUGCUUUUAAAUUGAAUUUAUUCCCUUCUUUCAUUUCAUUGAAGAAGCUCAAAUUUUGAAGAGUAAAAGAGUGACAGAACAAGAAGAGAAGAUCUGGGUUUGGCUUAUUUUCGCUGGAUUUUCUUGGGCCUUUGAAGAGGUAGAGGCAGAGAAGGUGGUGAUGGUGUUGUUAAUGGGUUAAAAUGAUUGAAAGAUGAUAGAAAUGAACAAGAAUAAAGACGUCAGGCCAAGAGCCAGUCGGUUCUCAAGACAACAGAUUAAGCAAUCUGGACAAAAGCUUCUCUCUGGUUUGAAUGGUGGUGAUUUUGUUGUUUCUUGGGAGAAAUCGAAGAGAAUUAAAAGGUUGAGUGCUGUUAAUAAUAAUAAUAGUGAAAGUAAUAAGGGGAGUUGUAGUUACGACGUGGAGGAAGAAAAGAAGUGUGAGAUGGGAGGUGGUGAAGGUUGUGACGUGUUUGAUAAAGAAGUUCUUCAAGCACCUUCCGCUACUAUUGGUAUUGCAAGUACUAGCAACAAGAAAUUCAAGCUUCCCAGAAAGCAGCUUAUUGAUGAUUGCAAUGGUGUUGUUCCGAGGAAGCUACGGUCAGCCAUGAAGAAACGCAAUCGCGAAUCUGUCUCCCCACCUUUUCCAGAUUCAAAGAAGCUAAGCCACACUCAUGGUGGGGUGGAAUCACUGAAAAGGGAUGGUUUAAAGAAAUUGGGAUUGAAAGUGACACAACCAGGGCCAGACUGGUCCAGUAAACAGAGUGUCUGUGGGCCAAUAACCAAAGAUGAAGAAGAAGUUGUGGAGACCUUGUAUUCUUUGGCUGGGAUGUUUGCCAAUAAUGAAGAACCCAAAAAUGAUUGUAAAUUGGGCAAUGCUUCUUUGGAUGCGAGUCGUUCAACUUUGCAAGAACGUAGUGAGAGUGAUUCCCCUAUUAUUGAAGCCGUAAAAGAGGACUUGAACUCAAUUUGCCUUCCGAGAAUUGAUGAGGCUGCUGAGGAAACAUGGCAUGUGGAAACUGCCAAAGUUGAUUGUUUGAACGAGCCUAGUUUUCAAGAAUGGCCUACUUUGUCUAGCGAUAAAGUCCAAGGUGAAUUAGGUAGUUGUGUUGCUCAAGUGAAUCUGCCCACUAUGUUUGCUAAACAGGAGGAGCUAAAGCCAUUGUGUGAUUCUUUCAAUCUCUUCAUUGCCCCUGAGCAAUAUCAGGACACUGUCAAAGUGAAGCAGUCCACACAGUUGGAGACCUCACUCGAGAGAAAGCCAGACAUUGCCUUGGGGCUGACAGCAACUGUAAGUCAACAGGAUCAACGACAUACAAUCUGUCAAUCCAAGACCAAUGGUCCAGCGUUGUGGCCAGGUUUGUCUUCAACUGUAUCAAGUGGUGCAUGCAAUUAUGGAUCUUCAUCACAAUCUUCUGCCACCAAAUUUCCUUCUUGGAUGGAUACUGAUUGUGGUGCUACCAGGCCCAGUUCAUUCCAAAAAUGUUCUUCUACUGGAAAGGCUUCUAAAGUCAAUACUGGUAAAAGAUCAUGGAAGAGGUCCUCAACCCAUGUUUAUAUAAGUCGUCUCAUUCGGGUUUUACAAAUUCCAGAGAGCAGAGAUAGCUUGCCUCUGCAUCUGAAUCAACUGAGGCCACAUGAUAUAUUAAGGCAAGGUGUAUUUAUGACAAUAAACAACUUCAAUGGCAACAGGAAUGGUUUGAAUGGCGCUACACCUUCUAGAGCCAUAGUUAACAUGACUGACAAGAAUUCAAAUCAACGACAAAGACUCCAUCAAGAUCAGCCACAGACUCCUCCUGGCGUGUACAAUUCUCAGAAGCAGACUUUCAAUUUCUUGUCUUUGUCAACUGGCGGGGGCAGCCUGGAAGCUAAUAACAUUUCUAAUGGAGUUGGAAAUAGGUCUGAACAAUCAGCUCAGCAGAAAUUUCCUUACCUGCACUCACAUUUGCAGCAGCAACAUUCCACACUCGCGAGUUUCCCUAUGUCCCAAGCAUAUUGCACAUCCUCAUCUUACCCUGAUCAACCUGCAGCACAGCAGGCCCGGGUUCUACAACCUCCCUACUUUGGCAACUUGUAUUGUGGUUCUCGUACAAGUCCUUCAGGAUUUGCAAAGCAGCAACAGAAGCAGCAGCAGGAGCAUCAGGAGCAACUACAACGGCUUUGGGAAGCUCAGCUUGCAGCAGCUCAAUACAGGACGUCUGCAAAUUCCACCACCAUGACUCAGUUUCCGAACUGGCAAAAUGUAAGGCAAGUCUCGCCUACACAGAUAUCACGUGCCCAACCCACCAUCCCUACUUUGUCGUCUCAAGAAGCACUGGGUCCCAAGUACGCUCAGAUCUCUCAACAGCAGCUUAUGACCAUUACUACAUUGCCUCAUGCUAGGGUCAGAAGACAAGACCACCAUCUCUCUUCUGUUUAUGAAGAAACUGGAGGUGGGUUUCGAACUGUUGGUGCACUGCCAUUGCAAUUACUCUGUAAUGAUCGUCUAUGAAUUCUAGCCAUUAUCUAUCAGAUUGAUUGGCAGAGAUAUUAUUUGAUUCGUUGUGUUAAUACCUGCCACUUCUCAGCACUGUCAAAUAGGGAAUAAACUAGAAGCCAAGUUGUUCUUUGGGUGUUAGAUUAAAAUGGGGAAGAAAGCAGGCAGGGGAAGUUAGAUGCUAGUGGAAUUAGCAUCCAGGGCUUAUUAUCUGAAAGUGGGUGAGGACAUUUUGUACUGUCGCCUUUUCACUCGACGGAUUGACUCGUGUGACUUGAGUAA